GAUAAUGUUUCUUCAUUGGUCCACUCCAUUUUGUCGCCUGCUACAAGCCGCAUCGAUCCGAACGGGUUUGGAUAGCCGGCGACACUGAUCAACACGUGGAUUCAUGUCGCUGACGGCGCCCUCGAGAGGCAACAACGGGCAAAUUGUGGCAUGCGGCAAUGAGACAUUUUUUUUGUCGCUUUGUGUUGCCUCUAUGGAAAGACAGUGUGCCUCAUGCGUCAAUGCCGUAUGCUACAUGUUGCCCAGUGGGAUUGCGCCUUUACCGUGUGAGUUUUUUGCAUCUUCUUUUUGCAAUUUCAACUCUUACCACUGACUGUAGAUAUUUCAUAUAUUGUGUUUUUUGUUCGUUUGUUUAUUAACUUUUAUUAGUGUUAAUUUAAGAGGCGUUAUUUUGAAACAUGUCGGCAUCAUCAUCACCUUCAUCACUGCCAGAGUCUCACUCUCAAUCGUUUGAAGAUUUACCUAUUCUGAAUGAAGAUAUUUUAAGUCGCAACAAGUUACUAGAAGAUGCUUACAAAAUGUUGCAAGAACGCCUAAAAAAAGGCUAUUUAAACUAUGCUCAAAUUAUUCUCGAUGUGACGGAUGAUAAUAGAGAAAUAGGCAAGUAUUUGAAGAUCUUUGAACACACAUGUGAUGACACGUUUAUGGACCUUAUCAAGGACAUCGGUGAUUUGCGGGCGAAAUGCUUCACCCAAUUCGAAAAAUCUCUGAAGAAACUUGAAGAGAUCUGCAAAUCAUUGCAGAUGCAAAUACCAUCGGUUGUAAUGAACCAACUAUGCAUGAGGCAGAAGUAUCUGCAGCUUGAAAAACAGCUAGAGGAUUAUGAGCAAAUCUACAAAUCAAGACUUGAAGAAAUCAAUACCUUGAGAGAAAUGCAAUUGGAACUGUGCAAAAGUCUUGGGAUGGAACCCAAAAUAGUAAAAGAAUCUCCUUUGCCUUCUGCCGAAGAAAUCGUGGAGCUCAAGGUGUAUUUAGAAGCUCUGGAAAAUGAAAGAUUUACAAGAAGAGAAAAAUUUGUCCAAUCCAAAGAAACCAUAUUGAAGAUUGUUGGAGAGCUAAACUACAAACCAUCUUUGAAAUUUGAACAACAAAUCAUCUCAGGUGGCGACUUUGAUUUUUGCGUUACUGAUAAAAACAUGAAAAAACUUGAACAACUUCAUGAGCAACUGGCAGUGCAACUGAAAAGAGUGAAGGAAGAAAUUGCAGAAAGUUGGACAAAGUUGAAACAGUUGUGGGAUAUGCUGGAUAUUGAGCUACUGGAACAGCAGAAGUUUAGGGAAGCCCAUCAGGGGAACUCUGUGGAUGUACUUGAAGCUUUACGUGUCGAGAUUGGGAGGUGUAAUGAGUUGAAGAAGACCAAUAUCGAGAAAUUCAUCACACUCUUGCGACAGCAGAUUCGGGAAAUGUGGCAAAAAUGUCAUGUUACUGAAGAGGAAGGGACGGCACAAUUUCGUGUCUUCGACACGGAUCAUUACUCAGAAACAGUCUUGGAUCUAUUUGAGCGAGAAUUGAAUAAGUGGAAGGCCUACUUUGAAGAGAACAAGGAAAUAAUCCAGUUGCUCAACAGACACGGAAAACUGUGGACAAAAUGGACCGGGCUUCAUGAUCACGCAGAUGCUGGCAGAUUAAAAAAUCGCGGUGGUCAGUUAUUGAAGGAGGAAAAAGAACGAAAGCAGUUGGAAAAGACGAUUCCGAAAGUUGAGGAUCAACUACAAAGACUGUGUGUCAAGUAUGAAGAAAUACAUCAAAAACCGUUCAAGACCUUUGGACAAACUGUGGCGGACUAUCUGAAAAACGCACACCAGGACUUUGAGGAUAUGCGGAAAGCUAAGCUUAGCGCUCGCAAAACUCCUGGUUCUGCAGUAAGCGCUUUGGGCACCCUGUUGAAAUCGAAGACCAAUUUGACCCAUACACCAUCAAAACUAAUGUCAGCUGCAAAAAGAAAACUACAGACUCCCACUGCGCUAAAUCGGUCAACUAAAAAGACCAAGAAGUCUCCAACAGGUAUAAAGAAACGCAAAGUUGCUGUUCCAAAAAUAACAGUAACAGUACACAUUGGCAAAAGGAACUCCAAGGAACUCAAAAAAAUUGAGAAGAAACGGAGUAGUUACGCCCUACAAACGGACCUCCAGAAAGUAACUGAUGAUGACGACGAUGAGUACGUCGAUUUUGAAAAUGAAGUUAGAGACAGAGCAGCGAGGAGUACAGCAUUCAAAAUGCAGGAGGAAGAAGCAUGUAGUUCAAAAAAAUAUACCACAAAUCUUGGUCACACUUAAAAAAAAAGAAUAAUAUCAAACAAUCAAGCUCAAUUGAGCAUGGCGGCGUCUGUGAUUUUCUGUGCAGUAUUUUAAGUUCAGUAACUUGUAUAUUAUUAUUUUUAAAUUAUAUUUUAUAUAGAGCUUUUAAAUAGUGUGGUUUUUAUUUUCCUAAGACGACCGUUUUCAGCCCAUGUGAGAUACAGAGUCAACCUACUUGACAACAUUUUUUUAAGAGGUGCUUUUACUCAAGGAAUAUCAAAUAAAUACUGG